AAGAUCAUAGAAUUUUCACCAACUCAAACUUACAUCUGCUAGUCCUCAAGAUGGUAGUCCACAACCCUAACAACUGGCACUGGGUCGACAAAAACUGUCUUCCAUGGUCGAAAGAAUACUUCACAAGCGAAUUUGUCAACACUGAGGUUGAGAAAGACUCCUACAAGUUUACGCUUUCAAGCGUAAAUUCUGUGGAAGGUGACUGUGACGUUACACAAAGAAAGGGUAGAGUUUUGUGUAUUUACGAUAUGACCUUGACAUUUGGAAUCACCGGUUCCAAAGAUGAAGAGUCCUUUUCGGGUACCAUCACUGUGCCUGAGUUCAUACACGAUCAAGAGGAAGAUGAUUAUGUGUUCAACGUUUCAUCCGAAUCGUGUAACAGUGAAAUCAAGUCCUUGUUUUUGCCGGUGUUGAAGCAAAAACUCAUGAAAUUCCAAGGGGACUUGAUCAAGGCCCAUGAAAAAGAUGUUCAACACACUACAUAGAUUCAAUAGAUAUAUAUAUAACUAACCGUCAAAUCCUUCGGGAACGCCACGAGCAGACCUUGAACUUCCAUCUCUGGACCCCAAAUAUAUCUCAGUGGAACCGGUAUCGUUGUACGUCCCAUCUAGCGUAUACCAGGGGAUUGUACCUUGUUCCAUCAGCUUCAAGAACUUGAAUGUUUCAACAUCACUGUACGGUACCCCCAAACUAGGAUCGAAAUACUUAACUUCAGUACCGGUGAUGAGACAAAGUUUCUUGUUUCCAUUUGGUAAGUAUAAUCCAAGAGGAGCCUCGGUAUUUAAGGUGAUGGCAGCAUCGUUGGUAUCUUCCUCCACCACUUCCUCUAUGAUUUCUUGUCUUAUUCCAAGCUUGGGUAAUCUAUUAAGAUCCUCAAACAUCGGGUUUUCUGGGGUCAAGUCUGUGACUGGAGUGAACAUUUCAUCCUUUUCUACCCUGACUUUGGCGUAUGGAUUGUUGGCAUUUCCUAUUUUCAAAAUUGUUUUCAAGUCUUUGAAUCUUCUGGGUGCUGGAAGUAGAGAUUGUUCCCCAAAUACAAUCAGCUUGACCUUAUUUUCAUCCAAUGGUAACUCUCUGGCUUCAAAGUCAUGCAAAAUGAUAUCGUUUCUUGCAACUCUUUGAACAGGGCCUUCGAAGAUUUCCUUCUCUUCUCCUUCAGCUUCUUCCUCAUCUUCCUCGCCGGCUUCCUCUCCAUCAUCUUGGUCGUCUGAUUCCAUGAAUUCUCCAUCUUCUUCAUCUUCUUGGAACAACAAGUUGACGUUUUCAUCAUCUUCGUCCACGAAACGAGACGCCUGAAGAGAAGUGGUUUCGUUUUCCAUAUCAAGUAACUGUUUCAACCGGGCCCCAGCGUUGGAGCGCCGUUUUCUUGUAUUCAUAAGAAACUCUUCUUCAUCUGACGACAUGGCUGCUUUUGAUAGUAUCU